CCGUCCUGUAAGAUAGAAAGCUAUAAAUCAGUUCAUGUAAUCAGUAGUUACACAGUUAACAGAUGUGCCGUUGUUUUGUAGUGAGAACGUGUACAUCAACAAAGGGGGAUAACCAGCCAGUCAUGACCUAACAACAGACACAACAUUUGUUUAACAAGAAAUGAAGACCCACGUGUGUAUACACCCACAGUGCUGACAAUAAGAUCACCAAUAGACGUAAUGGAUGACCCAAGCAUCUUUGACCUCCACUAUGUACUUAGUAGCUGUGCUACCAUGUCCCCUGACGAGGAGGAGGAGCUGCGCGCGGCACGCCCCACCCUCAACCUCCUCAAUGUCAAGUACGAGGUAUCGGAAAAGGUCGGGCCGUGGUGGAAGGGCGCCUGCUUCCGGAGGUCAAAAUCUAAAACCGUGCUUCGAGAUUUCACUGCCCAAUUUCGAGGAGGAGAGAUAGUCGCCAUUCUUGGCAGUUCAGGAUCGGGAAAGACAUCGUUGCUGGACGUGAUCGCAUGCCGAACAAGCGGAAAGGUAUCCGGCAAGGUUUACUACAACAAUUACGAGUGUACCAAAGAGGUCAUCAAACAAUAUGGAGCUUACGUCAUGCAGGCCGACCGUCUGUUCCCCAACCUUACAGUCAGGGAGACCCUACAGUACGCAGCUUUUCUUCGAUUGCCGGGACGUACAACCUCACAAGAGAUAGAAUCUAAGGUGAAUAAAGUUAUACAAGAAAUGGGAUUAAAAAACGUGGCGGAGUCCAAGAUUGGUGGCACUGUGAAUCGUGGAAUAUCUGGUGGAGAACGGAGACGUGUAACCAUAGCAAUACAACUACUCCAAGAUCCAAAGAUACUGAUGCUGGAUGAGCCUACAACAGGCCUUGACAGUUACACGGCCAGGUACCUCGUAUCCAACCUAGCCGACAUCGCCCACAACAGCGGCAAACUUGUCAUUCUCACCAUUCACCAGCCUCGUUCUGAACUCUUCAAGCUGUUUGACAUGGUUUGCAUCAUGAGCAUGGGGGAGCAGGUUUUUCUGGGCAAGUCUAGCGAACUCGUCGACUACUUUGGUCAAAUUGGUCACCCCUGUCCGACGUUCGCCAACCCUCUUGACCAUUAUAUUGACCUGGCAAGUGUUGACAGGAGGAAUCACGAGAGUGAGUUUGACUCAGCCACUCGCGUGAAGGCCUUGGUUCAGACCUUCUCCAUGUCUGAGAUCCACAACGAAACACUUAACAUGGUGAUGGAGGAAACCAUGAAGCCCUCCACGCGCCGCACGCUCGUGCUCUUCUACAAACCCCGCCCACCCAAUAUAUUCCGAAUCAUAAACGCUCUCGUUGGUCGAAUGAUGGUAAACCUUGGUCGAGACCGGACGAUCUACAUCAGCCGAUUGUUUCUCCUUUCACUGUUUGUCCCUUUUAUCUGUGCAUUCCUGGGCCACAUGAAGACCAACCAGGAGAGCAUACAGGACAGGGUGGGUCUUAUGUACCAGUCCCUUAGUGUGCCGCCCUACGUCGCUAUCCUCAACGGGGUGGCUUUGUUUCCGCCCAUGCGCGACAUGUACUACCGAGAGACGAGAGAUGGACUCUAUGGGACAGUAGCCUUUAUGAUAGCCUACGUCCUACAUAUCGUACCCUUUACACUCUUCGCAAGCUUCAUCUUCAGUAUCAUCGUAUACUGGGUGACGGGACUGUAUCCGGAGUGGCAGAGGUUCGGCAUUUACUAUGCCGUUGUUUUCGUGCUGCACCUCGUAGGGGAGAUAAUGACAGUUGGAUGCAUGGGCGUGUUCCAGAACGCGCAAAUAGCUAACAGUACCAUCACUCUAAUUCUCACCGCAUCCCUGCUGUUCUCAUCGGGUCUUCUCAGGAGCCUAGAGAGUAUGAUUGAGAUUUUCCACUGGGCUGCCUGGUUCACUAUUCACAAGUACAGCACGGAGGUAUUAGUAGCAAACGAGUUCCAUGGCUCCAAUUUCACGUGCGCGACUGGCCCAGGAGCGGCGCCGUGUCAGUUUAGGACAGGCGAUGAAUACCUGGAGGCAUUCUACCCGGAUGCAAUCGACAACUUUUACCGGAACUUCGGAGCUAUUGCGGGUUUUAUUCUCUCAUUCCUCACUGUUACUAUAAUCGCUUUCAAAAUAAGGGGAAUUCCUAAUCUCAAUUAAUGUUCGAAACUGGACACAAUAACACAAUCCAUAUCAAUUUAAACAUUGAUGGGGGGGUUUCAUAAAAUGGUAUAAGGAUCAUAAACAUUUUUUUGUCUCAAACUAUAUACAUAUUGUUCAUACCACAUAUUAUGGUUUCAUGUAUCUUUGUCGAUGAGUAAAAGUGCCGAAGUCAUUGGUGUAAAUUUCGACCUUUGACAGAUAUGAUAAAUGACUGCAGACAUUGCAUUCGCAGGUGUGCAACGUUACAAAUCAUUGCCUGACGUUGAAUGACUCUCGAGAUGUAAAGACAACAGAGACGUUGAUUUAGUUGUGUUACAAGUGCUAAUAAAAUAAUUUUAGUGGUAAAAUGUACAAAACUUUUGCUUUGAAAGAUUUUGCAAAUAAUGUUUUCGUAAAUAUGUACAUAAUUGUUACCGUCAUUGACCGGCGCUCGAGCAGGAUCUAGAACAGUGAUUUUUUGUAUAUAAAAUAUUGGCGGUGCCAGUCAUUUACAUGUUGUGAUGGAGGACCAAGUCAUUUAUAUGUUUUAAUAUAUGAAGUAGUAAUUUACCUGUUCUUCUGACGGGACUAGUCAUUUACAUGCUAUAGUACAGGUUUUAGUGAUUUAUCUCUUAUGAUGGAAAGACAAGUAACUAACCUGUUUUAAUACAGGUAAUAGUGUUCUGUCUGUUAUAAAACAGGUACUAGUGAUUUACCUUUUAUAGUAUAGGUACAAGUGUUUUGUCUGUUAUAAAACAGGUACUAGUGAUUUACUUUUAUAUUACAGGUACAUGUGUUCUGUCUGUUAUAAUACAGGUACAGGUGUUCUGUCUGUUAUAACACAGGUACGACUGUUCUGUCUGUUAUGAUACAGGUACAAGUGUUCUGUCUGUUAUAAUACAGGUAUAAGUGUUCUGUCUGUUAUAAUACAGG